AGAUCAAAUAAGCAAUACUCACGAGUCCCAGGCGCUGGCGGGUUGUCUGGUGUGUAGAGUCGGAGAUUCACGACGGAUAGCUUGGUUGUACAGAGUUGCCGACUGAUUGUCGACACGCGGGAGGCAGGUUCUUUGAUCUGACCGUGUUUCCACUGUCCCAGAGGCGCAAUAUCUGUCCUUGCGUGCAUUACCACUGGUGCCUUAGAUCCCUAGGUUUCAUGCGCCUUACUCUGGUCACUCUGUCACACCUAGAAUGGCAACCCCGGAUGUUGCUCCUCAUUUUGGAGCAGAACUCAAGGAUGCGUUCAAACCGGUCAACAAUUGGGUUUUCAACGGAAUAGGUUGGCUGGAUGAAAUACAGCAAUUUUACCGGGAACGGAGCGCCAUCGAGAAGGAGUAUGCGGCGAAACUGACGGCCCUCUGUAAAAAGUACUACGAUCGCAAGGCGAAGAAAAUCAGUCCACUGAGUGUUGGAGAUAAUCCUACUAUGACUCCGGGGUCCCUCGAGAGCGCCUCCCUUACCACAUGGACGACACAACUAUCGGCUGUCGAAUCGCAUGCUGCAGAGCGGGAUAAGUUCGGUACAGACCUCCUGGUUCAGGUUGCUGAGCCUCUGAAACAAGCCGGACUCCAGUACGAGGAGUUGAGGAAAUGCCAUGUGGAUUUCCAUACAAAGUUGGAAAAGGAACGAGAUGCGAAUUUUGGUGAACUCAAGAAGGCCAAAGGCAAAUACGACGGUGCGUGCCAAGAGGUGGAGACAAGAAGAAAGAAGACGGAGAGUUCCUUCGACCACAGUAAAACAAAAGCCCAAGCGGCAUACCAACAGCAGAUCCUAGAGAUGAAUAAUGUGAAGAAUACCUACCUGAUCAGCAUUAAUGUCACCAAUAAGAUGAAGGAGAGGUUCUUCCACGAAUACGUACCGGAGAUCCUAGAUGGCCUGCAAGACUUGAACGAAACCAGGAUAGCAAAACUAAACUCAUUUUGGUCCAUUGCGGCGCAGCUCGAGAAGACAUCUUCAUCGAGGAGUUCGGAGCAUAUGGCGAAUCUGCUUAAUGAGAUUCCGCGGAACCAGCCACACCUCGACUCUCUCAUGUUCCUACGCCACAAUGUCAUACAGCUCCAGGAACCAACUAACUUCGGCUUCGAGCCCAGCCCAGUUUGGCACGAUGAUGAUACACUUAUAACGGAUGAAACAGCCAAAGUAUUCCUGCGGAACCUUCUAAGUAAGAGCAAGACGCAGGUUCGCGACCUGAGAGUCGAAUCCGAACAGAAGCGGCGAGAAGUAGAGGCAGCCAAGCAAGUGAGAAAAAACAUACAGCAAGGUCGCGACAAACGAAGUGAAGUUGACGUUGUGCGGUCAAUUUUCUAUCUUCAAGAAGCUCUUCAUGAAAUCGAGCACAAACGACUCACCGCAGAUGUUGAAACGUCAACUAUCAUAUCAGCGGUUGGUGAUCUCUCCCUUGGAGCCCGAAAUCACAACUUCAAAUCGCAGACAUUCAAGAUUCCAACAAACUGUGACCUUUGUGGAGAACGCAUAUGGGGCCUGUCGGCCAAAGGUUAUGACUGCCGGGACUGUGGAUAUACAUGUCACAGUAAAUGUGAGAUGAAAGUGCCCGCAGAAUGUCCAGGGGAGCAGACGAAGGAGGAGAAGAAGAAACUCAAGGCAGAGCGCCAGGAGCAAGCCAGCAUAGCGCCAGCAGUUGAGCAUGAACCCAGUAGCGCUUCCUCCACGGCACCGUCUCUUACUCGACAAAAUACGAUGAACUCUCUCAGCUCCGGGUACGCCGUCAGCGCCAACCGGUCCUUGUCCAACGUAGGCAGCCAUGCAGCGCCGGCUGAACUAUCUCCAGAGUCUACUACCGCCGCCGCCACUGCCACUGCCACAGGCAAGCCAGGAGCAAAGCGGAAUAGAAUCCUUGCUCCCCCACCAACCCAGUACAUCAGUAGCCCUCCACCAUCUGAACUAGCUUCUACACCUGCAUCCAAAGCGGCUGACCGCGAGCCCCGGGGAAAGAUGCUGUACUCAUAUCAAGCCACUGGCGCUGACGAGAUCACGGUACAAGAAGGCGAGAAUGUUACUAUCCUUGAACCCGAUGAUGGGUCAGGCUGGAUGCGGAUCAAGUCAUCGUCACUUGAAGGACUCGUUCCGGCUUCCUAUGUUGAAGCCUUACCCACCCCUCCACCGUCCUCUGCCAGUCCCAGGGUGGCUGAUCGUCCUGGAUCUACAUACUCGAACUCAUCUGCAUCGUUAGCAGGGAGCACUGCUGCCGCAGCAAAGCGUGUAGGACCUGCGGUGGCUCCACGACGUGGAGCCAAGAAACUUCACUACGUGGAAGCCUUGUAUGAUUACGAAGCUCGAAGCGACAUGGAAUGGAGCAUGUCCGAAGGGGACCGGUUUGUGCUCGUUAACCGGGAUACUGGAGAUGGGUGGGCAGAUGUUGAGAGGGGAGGCGUUACGAAGAGUGUACCGGCAAAUUAUAUUCAGGACGCGUAAAAAAAAAAAAAAAAGCGAGAAAAAAAGAGAGAAAAAAAAAAAAAAAGCUCUCCCCCCGUUCAAAAUCAUAUCGUCCGUACAUUGUCCGCACCAGAAAGAGAAAGUCUGGCAUGCAUGGCUG